UUCUAAUAUACUUGCAAAAGCAGAAGAAAAAGAAGAUAUAAAUAUUUUAAGAGAAAAUAAUAAUGAUACAGAUCUAGACAAUGGUGAUAUAGUAUUAUCUUCUGCAUCUAAUAUUGAAGCUAAUAUAAAUAAUAAGAAUAAGUUUCUUGUCAAGAGUGUUUUUGAUGCCAUUACUAAACUUAACCUGCAAUAG